AUGGGCUCGUUAGAGCAGGAGCAGCACAAUGGCUGCCGCAACGGCAACACUAAUAAGCCCAAGGACGAGAUACCCGAAGUCCUGCGGCACUCGCCGUCCAGUCAGCCUCUCUAUGAAUUACAAUUGGUUGCCUGGCCCAACGAUAUGAACGAGGACGCGAACUCAGCGCCAGCGCCAGCAACAAUAACCACAACAACAACAGCAGCAACAACAACAACAAUGACGCCCACUGUGUUGCCAUUGUACGAGGAUCAAUUGGUCGUAUUUCCGCAAAUGGAUUUUCAAGAGGAAAAUUUUGAUUAUAUCUUUGAUGACCUGGAAGCAGCAGCGAACAGCAGCACAACUCAGCCAGAUACAACGCUUAGACCCACACCAACACCCACACCCACACCCACACCA